CAAAAAUAAUUAUUAUCAGCAAGAUGAGAUCUUCAACCCAAAAUAGUGCCAAGCGAUGCCCAAAUAAUAGCUACAGAGGUCUUGAGGUAUCCAAGACUGUCCAGAAUGAAGACAUUCUACAUCUCAUUUCAAAACCUAUCAAGAUGCGUAAACGAAGUAUCAAAUUUUACCCAAAAAUAGUCAAGCAUGAUUGUCGUAAAAAUGAUAUAAAAAACCAUCCGAAUAUUGUGUACAGUGAAAAGACCCAGAAUAAGCUCCUUGGAGUAUCAGCUAAUAAAUAGAAGGAUUUCAGUCGAUAAUUCAAAUGAAUUGUUCCCAUCAGAAGAUAUUAUGAACAGAACAGUAAAUUUUUAUAAGGAGAAGUUGUUCCCAACUAGAAACAUUAAGAAACUCGAUAAGCGAAGAGCGAUCAGGAAACCUCUCCUAAAUAAUUUUCAAUGAAGUGCUAGGGAGAAGAUCAAGGAAAGGUUGCUCAACUUCGACAGAGAGUUUCAGACAAGACCUCUCAAUCUACAAAUUCAUCCUCGUCAAAAACUUGCUGACUCUCAAGCUUUUGUGACUACUCGUAACAACCAGGAAAUCAUGAACACUGAAACAAACUCAAAGACUUUCUCAGACUUUGAAGAGUUCAACAUGCAGGCCAUUGGUUUAAAUACUUGCAAAAUAGCAUUCCCUACUAGCACUAAGAAUAUAGUGAGAAGAAAGAAAAAAUAAGACAAAAUCUCUGCUUCAAAGUGCUAAGAAAGGUCUCAAAAACAACAUUUUUCAUAAAACAAAAUUUAAGAUCUUCAAAACUCAAAAAGAAAUAGAGACUAACAAAUAAGAUUUUCCAAUGGAACAAAACCAGUAGGGUCAAAUACAGACCCACUAGAGAACAAUCUGACCCAAGACUCCUCAUAAAAACAAACCGAUCAAUGAGACCAUGUCUCAAGCUCAACAUCCCCAAAGUCUUCUUCAAACUCCUCUCCUCCACUAAACCUGCCCACAACACCUCUCUUGACCAAAACCUCCCUCAAAAUCCCCUCCAAACUUCCUGAACCUCCCCUCUAAAUCCCACUCAGCCAGAUCUCCAGUGUAACCAGCCCAGUCCUACAAAUUUCUUCAAAAAUUCCAAAAUCCUUCUAUGAACCACACAGAAAGCACUAAAAAGUCCGAACAAGUAGGAAC